AUGCUGCGGCUUCCAGAGCCUGAAGAUGAGGACGGUGCAGAAGGGGAUCAAGAAGAUCAAGGGGAAGACGACAUCCCAGUUAUAGAUCCGGGGCAGAGUUCAGACGAGGAAGAUGCUUUUCCUGAGGAAGAGAAAGCAGAAGAAGAGUCACGAGACAACGCCGAUGGCGCAGACUCGGGCUCCGAGUCGGAGUCGGAAGAGGGAUUCGAUAGUGAAGAUAUCGACAAUUGGGAUGGAUCGGACGAAGGGGACCUGAGGGAGAGCGCGCUCGCAGAUGAGCAGGGACAAGAGACAGACAUCUCUGAGUUAGAUGAGACGCUAGAGAGAAUGAUGGAAGAAGCUAGAGGGCCGAACGGGAAGCCGACGGAGGAUACAUCCUACAAUGUCCUUGGCAUCAACAGGGACGAAGCUGCACAAGCCUUUGAUCCGGACCGUCAGAAUCCGGACGGAAGCAGCAAAGGUGUCUGGAAGGUCAGCGAUAUUACUGGAAAGCCGAAGCGUGUCUACCCAGCUAUCGAGCCCAACUACGACUCGGACUCCUCGACAGAGGAUGCACCGAAUCGGAUCGGCAACGUCCCACUCGAAUGGUACGACGAUCUUCCGCACAUUGGUUACGACAUGGACGGCAAGAAGGUCAUGCGGCCCGCCAAGGGAGACGAGCUCGACAGGUUCCUCAGCACAGUGGACGAUCCAGAAAGCUGGAUGAGCGCGCAGGACAAGAUGACCGGACAGGACAUCAGAUUGACCGAUGAGGAACUCGACAUCAUUCGCAGGCUGCAAAACGCCGAAAUUCCAGAUGGAUCUUAUGAUCCAUACGAGCCGACGGUCGAAUGGUUCACGGGGAAGGGAAAGGAGCUGCAGACACCUAUGACAGCCAAGCCGGAGCCGAAGCGAAGAUUUGUUCCAAGUAAAUGGGAGCACAAGAAGGUCAUGAAGAUCGUCCGUGCCAUCCGACAGGGUCGAAUUGUGCCGCGUGCACCGACUGCCGAGCGACCGCCGUUCUACAACAUCUGGUCCGAGGCCGAUGAACCUCACCCGGAUCAUCCGAUGAACAUGCCAGCGCCCAAGAUGCCAUUACCCGGCCACGCCGAAAGCUACAAUCCACCAGCAGAGUACCUGUUCAACAACGAAGAGCGCAAAGAAUUUGAGUCGACUGACCCGGCAGACCGCAAGAUCAACUUCAUGCCCGCAAAGCAUCCGUCGUUGCGUAAUGUGCCCGGCUACCAGAAUUUCAUGCAAGAGCGGUUCGAACGCUGCCUCGAUCUCUACCUGGCGCCCAGAAUCCGCAAGAAGCGCGUCGACAUUGACGAUCCGGAGUCGCUGGUGCCGAAACUGCCGAGUCCUAAGGAUCUCCGGCCGUUUCCGAGUAUGACCGGCGUGAUCUAUAGCCAUCCGGGUGCAGGCGACGCCUCUCCGCUUCGAGUCAGGUGCAUUGCAAUUGAUCCCCUGGGCGUGUGGUGCGCUACAGGCGCAGACGACGGUCGUGUCAGACUAUGGGACUUGGCCAUUGGCAGAUGCGCUGCAGUUUGGGACCUGCAUGCUGCUUCUCCAUCUAGCGAGCGAGCACCGGUGCAGAGCGUCGAAUGGUGCCCAAACAAGGCGAUGGGCAUCCUCGUAGCUACCACUGCUGGAAAAGUCACCGUCAUUGCUCCACCGCAAGCGAACGUGGGUCAUGCCCCCACCGCCUCGCCCUCCUUCCUCUUUGCAACGUCUGGCUACCAGAUGCCUGGCACCGAGUCGGCCGACAUGGCCAAGAACCCCGUCAAGUGGACGCGGCCGAGAGAUGUCGAGCGCAACAGGGGCGUCGCCGCGCACAUCGCCGUACCAGGGACGCCCAAGCAAGUCCAAUGGCAUGCCAAGGGCGACUACUUUGCCACGGUCGCCAGCGACGCAGGUGCCUCCGCUGUCCUUGUUCAUCAACUCAGCAAGCAUCGCAGUCAGGCGCCGUUCCGAAAGGCAAACAAAGGCUCCGCAGUGCAGAAAGUCGCUUUCCAUCCUUUCAAGCCACAGCUUUUCGUCGCGACGCAGCGGUACAUUCGCAUCUACGAUCUCGCGGCGCAGCAGCUGAUGAAGACGCUCUUGACCGGUCUAAAAUGGAUCAGCUCGCUGGACAUUCACCCUGGUGGCGACAAUCUUAUUGUCGGAAGCUACGACAAGCGCCUGAUUUGGUUCGACCUCGAGCUAAGCAACAAGCCAUACAAGACGCUGCGCUACCAUUCAAGAGCCAUCCGCGCGGUCUGCUUCCACAGAUCCUACCCGCUCUUCGCUUCCGUCUCAGACGAUGGCACGGCGCAGAUCUUCCAUGGGAAUGUGUUCUCGGAUUUUAGCCAGAAUGCACUGAUCGUUCCGCUCAAGGUGCUUCGUGGGCAUGAAAUUAAGAACGGGCUGGGCCUACUAGACGCCAAAUGGCAUCCGACGCAGCCAUGGUUGCUUACCGCCGGCGCAGACGGUGAGGGCCGUCUUUGGACGACAUGA